CAGCCGCAAUCCCGCAUCCCCCAAAAAACUUUCCUUAUCUUGAACCAAACACCAACAUACAACCCUUGCUCUUUCUGGCAAACGAUAUACACAACCCAAAAAAAUGCCCAAACGCAAACUCUCCGAUCUAACGGACAACAAUGUCCCAACCCAAGCCACCGAUAAAUCCGACGCCCGCUCCCUGCACAUCCAGACCGUGCGGCUAAAGCAGAAAUUCUCCCAGGGCGUCGAGUCGCUGGCCAAGGCGCUGAAGCUGGCGCGCGGGUUCGAGCGCCAGAAGUGGAAGCGGCGGGAGAAGAAGGUCAAGGAGGAGGGGAAGGAGGGUGCUGUGGAGAGGAUGGCUGAGGAGGCGGGGAUUUUGAGGGACUUGGACCCGAUUAAAACCGCGCAGAAAUACCUCUACAAGCAGCUCCUCAAAACGAAACGGAUCGCCGAGUCGCCGACUUUCAAGGAAUUUCAGGAACACAUGGGCAGCAAGUUGUCGGCGGAGGGACCGAAGAGUAAUUUCGAGGCGAAUGUGACGGCACGCUUGUACAAGUCGACACCAGUCAAGAAUGUAUUCCCGGGGAUUAUGGACGGGAUCCGGUCGUUAUUAAAGAUCGAUGAGGCGAAGCCUGCGCCGGCGAAGGCGACGGCUGAAAAGAAGGGGACAAAGAAGGAUGAGAAGCCGAGGAAAACGAUUGCGGCGGACGAGGUUUCGGACAGCGAGGCUGAGGACGGCCGGUCACGAGCGCAGCGCGCGAGUGGGGAGGGUGACGGAGAUGUCAGUAUGGACGAUUCGGAGAGUGUUGACUACGCUAUGUACGAUGGGUUACUCGCGUCAGGCUCUGAAGAUGAAGACGCGGACGACGCGGACGAUACCCGGCGGCAGAUGCUUGGCGACGGUGACGAUCACGAUGAGGACGAUGAGGAAGACGAGGACGAGGACGACAUUGAUACUCGCAUGUUACAGCGGAGACCCCCCUCUGAUAUGUCAAUCUCGCGCUCUCCCUCCCCGGAGGUAGACGAGGAAGAAGAAUCUGAUUCGCCCCCCUCCAAGAAGGCCAAGCCAGUCCAGAAAGGCACCGCAAAGCCCGCGACCAGCACUACCUUCUUGCCCUCCCUCAUGAUGGGCGGAUACUGGUCGGGGUCGGAGUCUGAAGCCGAGGAUGUCGACAAAGAAGCCGCUGAGCCACCCCGACGCAAGAACCGGAUGGGCCAACAGGCGCGUCGGGCGCUGUGGGAGAAGAAGUACGGUGCGGGAGCAAACCAUGUCAAGCAACAACAACAGAAAGGCAGGAAAGGGAGGGAUGGUGGUUGGGAUCCGCGAAAGGGAGCGACAGACGGCAAUUCUACCCCCAUUGGCAGAGGGAGGUUCGGUCAUGGUGCAGGUUCCACGUCCAGCCGGCCGCCGCACGAUGGUGGUCGGCCUCAGCGAGGACCCCCGAAGAAGCCACAGGAUGAUAAGCCCUUGCACCCAUCCUGGGAGGCAGCAAAGAAGGCCAAGGAACAGAAGGCUACGGCUUCGUUUGCGGGUAAGAAGGUUGUGUUCGAUUAGAUAUCCCAGUCUUAGCAUGUAUAUAUUUCAGCUUGAAUUCUAGCCUUUUACAACCAUUUAGGA